GUUUCUCUCUACAAACAACUUCUCCGGGCUGGUUCCAGCGACCUUCACAGCACUCAAGGGCCUCAUAUCCUUGAAUUUGGGCAAUAACAGAUUCACCGGGACCAUCCCCCGUGAAUUGACCAGACUGGUGGAGCUUAUGAUCAUCAAUCUUAGUGGCAACGAUUUCCGUGGAGCUAUCCCCUCCGCUCUGUUUCAGCUACCCACCCUGUCCUCACUGGUUGUAGCCAACACAAGCAUCUCCUUUCCAAAAACUCUCAUUGCCUCAACUUCUCUUAAUUAUCUGAACCUCGAAGGGAACGGCUUCACAGGCGCCUUGCCAGACUUCUCACGCUGGAACGUCAGCGUUCUAAAUCUAGAUCUCAGCCGCAACAACUUCACUGGGCCUAUUCCCGAUUCCCUCUCCACCCUCACCACUCUCGAAGCCAUCAUUCUCAACAACAACCAGCUUACAGGCACCAUCCCAUCCGCCAUGUUCACCAUGACCAAUCUCAAAUCCCU